AUGGAGGAUUCAUCAGCACUGUUGACCCACAUCGAAGACGAAGACACUUCUCAACCUUUGACCUUCGACAAGAUUUUCGAACAGAGCUUAUCUGAUUUAGGGUUCUCUCAGUUCCUACAGAUACUUCUUGUGGGGCUUGCCUUCAGCUUCGAUGCGCAGCAGGUAUUCAUCACAGUCUUCACAGACGCAUAUCCCACCUGGCACUGUCUCGACCACACGGUUUGCACUCCGGCAACCACCGACAUCUGUCAACUUCCCCGGUCAGCCUGGGAAUGGGACGGCGGGUUCAAGGGUAAAACCGUCAUCUCAGAGUUCGAACUCGAGUGCUCGAGCUCUUUCCUCAGAGGUCUCCCCACGUCUGCUUUCUACAUGGGUUCUAUCGCUGGAGGGGUUUUCAUGGCUAUGAUCCCAGACAGUUUCUUGGGUAGGAAGCAACUACUUUUAUUCACAGCUCUAGCGAUGUCAUUCACUGGAAUCUCAAUCUUCUUCUCAACCAACAUACGGAUCUACGUUUCCUUAAAGUUCAUCAUCGGAUUUGCGCGUUCACAGAUUUGUACGUACGCGUUCAAUCUAAUAGGCGAGCGAGUUUCCACCAGAUGGAGACCGCGAGUUGCUAUGAUUCCUUUUACUCUCUUUGUGUUAGGGUUCAUGUCCUUGUCUGGAAUAGCCUACCUUGUUAGACACGUUUCUUGGAGAGUCCUCUAUCUCUGCACAUCCGUUCCAGCAGCUAUCCACAGUGUUUUCAUCUAUUUCUUCGCCCUAGAGUCUCCUCGUUGGCUUCAUGUGCAAGGAAACAACGAGGAAGCCAUCGAAGUGCUCAAAAAGAUUUCACCUGCAAACAUAGGUUACUUGGAAUCAGUGUCUUCUAGGUUACCUUCAAAAGAUGACGUGGAAAACACUCCAAGCAGCUCGAUCAAGGACUUGUUCAUCAGAAAAUGGGCUUUUAGAAGAAUCUUGGUCGUUAUGACCAUAAUGUUCGGGUUAGGAAUGAUGUAUUACGGAGUUCCCUUAGCGGUUAGAGACAUAGACGUGAAUAUCUACUUAAGCCCUGUUCGUUUGGUUGCCGUCGGUUUCAGCGUCAGUAUCGGCGUCGGCGUCAGCGAUUCGAGCUUAGCUUCAUCCAUGGAGCCACUGAUGCAUCAGACAGUGAGUUUCUUCUCCUUCUUCACUUUUGCUUUUAAGCUUAAAGGGUUUCUCAAAGUCUCCAUUUUUUUCCUACACUGGGAGAGCUUGGGAGAGCUUGAAUGA